AUGGGCUGGGCCAUGAGGGUCUGCCUCAUAGGGCUGACCUUACUGUCACUCGUUUGUUCGUCACUCUCUGUAUAUCUGGACGCGCUUUCUCCUUCCAAAACCGCGUCGCUGCAGGCUCGUGCGAGAAAGCCGUUUACCCUACGAAUUAUGCCCUUAGGUGCAUCGAUUACCACUGGAUACAAAUCAUCUGACAAGAAUGGAUACCGCAUUUCUCUUCGCCAGCAGCUGCGCUACGCUGGAUGGGAGGUCAACAUGGUGGGCAGUCUGUCCUCUGGUACCAUGCACGACAACGAAAACGAAGGUCAUAGUGGCUAUCGAAUUGAAGAGGUUGCAAGGAUGGCCGAGAGGACCAUUCCUCAACAGCCGAAUCUCAUACUCAUCAAUGCUGGCACAAAUGAUGCCACUCAGCCGUUUCAUCCCGAUACGGCCGGUGAGCGGAUGAACGCCAUGCUCACACGACUAUUCGAUGCCAUCCCUGGAACAACUAUCAUCCUGUCCACCCUCCUCCCUAACAAGGGGGCUCCGGAGAACGCUGCCUCGAUCAGCGCGCAGAUCCGCCAAAUUGUGGCCGACCGUCGCGAACAGGGGCAGAGAAUUGUCCUGGCGGAAAUGAGUGACUUCAUCACCGUAGACGAAUUGCAGGAUGGUACCCACCCAACAGAUCACGGAUACUUUAAGAUGUCCUCUGUUUGGUGGGCCGCUAUUCAGGUAGCUGAGAAGGAAGGCAUGCUCCAGCCGCCCAAAGAUAUCGGUGUCGAUGACAAGAGCUCAACAACUUGCGAGAAAAAAUAUGGUAGUGGCAAUGACCGCGGCCGAGUCCAGACACAGCGUGGAAGUGGGUAUGGUGACGGAGACUAUGUCCAUAGCAGUCAGCCCAUGGGGUAUUUGACGUCAGUUACUACCACGGGCGAAGGUGAUGCUCAUCCUGGUCUUAACUAUGCCCAGCUGGUCAACAAGUGGGGUGCCCACCGUGAAGGUGCCCUGGAUGAGCUUGUCUGGACCAGAGAUGGUCUUGGCACUUGGAUGUACAUCAACAACAACAAUGGGGAAUUUGGCGCCGGCGUUAAGAUUGAUGUCAAAGACAACUGUCUUGCGCGAGGUGUGCGCUGGGGCGACGUGAAUGGCGACGGAUACGACGACUUCAUCUGCAUCAGUCGCGAAGGUGCCAUGUAUGUUUCGAUCAACGAGGGCGGCAACCCUCCUACCUUCCGGUCUAUCGGCCUCGUGAGAGCUGCUCCCGGCGGGGAUCUGAACCAGGCCAACGUGCGACUGGGAGAUAUCGAUGGCGACGGACGAAUUGACUACUGUCUAGCCAAGGGCAACGGUGACAUUCAAUGCUGGAGAAAUGGCGGUCAAAAGGAUGCACCGACUGCCGAGUAUCAGGGAUACUGGCAAGAUCUUGGGACCGUGUUCACUGGUAAAGGAAUGGGUGACCUCAGGGGCGUUCGCUUUGUCGAUAUCAAUGGCGACUUCCGCAGUGACUGGCUGUGGGUCAGCGACACAGGAGAGGUCACUACCUAUAUCAACAACCGGGGCACUGGUAAGAGUCUGAAGCCCGAGUGGCGAGCUGCUGGCGUCACCCAUCCAGGAAUGGGCAAGGAGGGUACCAGAGACCGUGUCAAGUUUGGAAGAGUCUACGCCCACGGUGGUGCCGACUAUGUUGUCAUCGAAACAAAGAAGGACGGAAAGAACUACAAGCACAAUACGCACGCCUUCAAGAAUACCGGGCAUGGCGGUACUCAGCUGAAGGCGGACGGAGACCACUACUGUGACAUGCGAGGAACUGGUGCAGACGACUAUGUCUGGAUUUCUCCCGAGGGCCGCGGAUUCCUUUACGGAAAUAUUCACGAUCCACCUGUCUGGAUCCCAGAAGGUAUCGAAAUCUUCAACGUUAAUAAGGAUCGGAAGGGCCUACAUCUGGCUGAUUUUGACGGUGAUGGGAAGUGUGAUCUUUGGUCUGUCAAUCGGGACACUGGAGAGGCUGAAGUCUGGUUGAACAAGUGGAGUGAGAGUGUACAGAAUGCCUUCUUCACAUACCAGGGCAAAGUCACCGGCAGCGCAAAAUGCAAUGAGGGCUGGGGUGUUGGCCUUUAUGACCUUGGGCUGCGCUUUGCUGAUAUCGAUGGCGAUGGACGUGCCGAUUAUCUUUGCAUGGAGCCGAAUGGUCGUACAGAUGGUUGGCUCAAUAAGGGAGUCGGCGAAUUCGAGAGUGUCAACCAAGUCAAACACAGCGAGGGCUAUGACCGUGCAAAUCAUCGGUGGGCAGAUGUGAAUGGUGACGGGAGAGCCGACUUCCUAUGGGUUGACAAGUUCAAUGGCGACACCACUGUCUGGGUUAACAAUGGCAAAAUACCUACCUCUGGUUCGAGCUUCAACUGGAAAAAGCUCGAGGGCCCGCGAUACCAGGGCUCUGACCGCGGCGCAAAUUUGCAUUUCCCCAACCUCGGUGGGCUGGGUAGAGCUGAUAUGCACCAAGUCAUUCCCCGGACCAACGUUGCGUACACAUGGUUCAAUGAAUGUCCUGGGGGAGGUGCAUUGGAUGACAGCACUCUGGACCCUAAGCUGGUUCCGUAUGAUCCUCCGAAGCAGCCUACACCAAGUGGAAACCCGAGCAUUCCGACACAAACACCUGAUAUACCUAGCAACGGGCUUCCAGAAGACUACUACAAAAACUGGCCUCUUCAUGACGAUGAUGUUGCCGAUGAUAUCUGCGGCAAUUUGGGCUACCUGGAGAAAUCUCACUGGCAACAGUAUGAUAUUGGUAACUGGCUGGUAAUUACGUCUGCCUGGUAUCAAAAACUAACUCUCGACAAUGGAAAUGACUUCGAAUGGGAUCGAAGCGUGCCUGUAACAUUUGCACGUUAUAAUGGCACAGAUCGGGAGAGCGAUGCUUACAUCUGGGACUGCAAUAAUGUUGACAAUACCUGCAGCGCUGAUAACCUUGGCGAUUAUGACAAGUGCAAAGACACUCGCUUCUACCGUGCAGCCGUCCUAUAUGCUGCGCAGAAUCUGGCAAGAUACCUUGAAAUAGUCAAGAGCAGAAUGAACACUGCUUGGGAAAAAAUGGACUGGAAGAGCGCCAAAAUGAUCGAUACAUAUUCUAAAGCCGGUCAGAACGACAACAUAUUCCCGGACACUAGUGCUCUUACGGUAGCUGCGGCAAUUGCAGGAGGUCUCGCCGUUUUUAUGAUGCCUCAGUUCUGGGGAGUAGCCGGUGGAGCUCUGGGAGUUUCAUCUCAGGUCGUAGGGUUCCUCCAGAUGUCUAACGCAGAGACAAAAUUCAACACCUAUGCCGAGAUGACCGACAAAGCCGCGGAUAUCUAUGGAGCCUCGGAGGGUGCAGUUGAUACGCUGUUCAACAAUCUCUUCACCAAGGUACCUCCUAGAGAUGCAAACUGGAUCAAUGCCCCGAACACGCUCUCUCUUCCGCGAUUUUUGCAGACUGGGGACUUCGUCGACUCCAGGUCCGUCGAAUCAGAUAACCCCUUGGUGCCUUCGGCGGAUAGUCUGGUUCCUCUGAUUGCAGCUCCAAUGGUCAAACUCCUCUGGGAAGAGCAAAAAGUCUGGGUUCUAAAGCUCGGCAACGACUUCUUCAAAUCCCCGAAAAAGGGCGGUUAUCACCCCUGCGACGGUGCUGGUGAAAUGGAGGAAGUCUAUGAUAAGUAUAGCAAUUGGACGCAAAACAAGUUUUGUAAUCCUGAUGGAACAGCCUUCUUUGUUUUUUCCGGCACAACUACGACUCCCUAUGGUCUCGACAAGCUGGAGGAAGAAUUUGGCUUCACCGGACACGACAUCGCCAAGUCCUCCGAGCUUAUUCAGAACCACUACGGCAAGUAUCGUCCGGAAAUCAGCUCCGACGAUUACUUCUCCUGGGUGCCGCCCACCAGUAGCGGCGGCGAUGUUGCUUUGUGGGAGUUGAUGCGGUGGAACUUCCCAGUUUGUGACACAACAAAGCUCGAACCGAGGGAUGUGUGGCAAUGUGAUACUGUUUAUCAAGACUUUACCAAUUGUUUCACCUGGUAUCUGGUCCAUCGGUGCCUUGGUAUCGAGGAUUGGCCCAACGACUAUAGCGAGUGGGACGAGAGUGUAUUCGGGUGA